AUGGUGGAUCGGCUAGAGGAGGAGCAGCUGAAACAACUGAGAACAUCUUUCACACUCUUGGAUGGGGACGGGGACGGCAGAGUUGACGCUGUUGACAUUCAGAAGUUCCUCGGGACGUUCGGAGCCCAUUUCUCGCUCGAGGAGGUGGAGGAGUUCAUCAACGAAGAGUCGGCCCAUCCCAACGGAGUGCUGGACUUCCCUGAAUUUGUCUGCAUGCUCUCUCGCCUUCUCGGGUUUGCGCUCAAGAAACCGGUAGAGGUCAGUCGGGCGACUCUGCAUCGCAUCUUCGAGAGAUGGGAUCAGGAUGGGGACGGCUACCUGUCAGCGAACGACCUGCGGUCAGCCGUCAAGGAGGUGGGAGAAGAAUGGUCGGAUGCGCAAGUCAAUGACAUGAUCUACUUCAAGAAUACCAACGGACUCUUCACCUUCCAGGACCUGGAAGACAUUAUCGUUGAGAAAGUGCAGACGAUUGAUGACGACUGAUCGUUGGCCGGGGAUAUUGCGAUCCUCUGAGCGCAGGAGCAACAACGGCUUUUGUGGUCAGAGGGAGGAAGGGGAAAGUGGACACGACAGGGACGGAGGGCGGGAAGGAAAGAUGAGAAGGACAGGACGGUUGGUCCAAGUGUGAAGAGCACAAGGAAGGAGCAUGGGGGGAAAUAUUUAAGUCACAUGACAGAUGGAAUUUC